AUGAUACACAAAUUUUUUAUAAAAAAUUAUUUUAUACCUCCAUUUAUUUCCACAAAAUGUUGUAGUAUUGAUAUAGAUGAAGAUGAAUUAUAUUGGGAAAAUGAAGAUAAUGAAUUAUCAGAAGUGAAAAGGAAUUUAAAUGAUGAAAUUACGGAAGGUGAUGGAGGAAGUGAUAAUGAAUCAAAUAAGUCAGAUAGCAUAGUUGAAUUUUAUGAAUCAGAUGGAUAUGAAAAUGCUUAA